AUGGAGAUAAUUAGCGAACCAAAAUUACUGCAAACGUUGCGGGGACAUCGCGGCGAAGUGACGUGUGUGGACGCGGUCAGAGGGAGGCUGGUGAGCGGCGGCGGCGACAAGUCGCUGCGGCUGUGGCGGUGGGCGGCCGGCGGCGGGUGGCAGGAGGCGGCCGCGGUCCGCGCCGCGCACCGCUACGGCGUGACGGCGGCGCGCUGGUCCGACAGCGGCGCGCUGGUGGCGAGCGGCGGCGUGGACGGCGCGCUGCGCGUGUGGAGCGGCCGCUCGCUGGCGCCGCGCCGCACGCUGGCCGCGCCCAACGCGGCGGCGGCGCGCGCGCUCUGCUGGGCGGGCGGCGGCCGGCUCGCGGCCGGGCACGACGACGGCGCGCUCUGCGUGUGGCACGUGCCGCGCGGCGACCUCGUCGCGCGCCUCCUCGCCCACCAGGGAUCCCUUCAGGCGGUCUCGAUUCCGGCGCGACGGUCGCUGCUGCUCACCGCCUGCACCGAGGGCGUGCUCAAAGUCUUCGAUCUAAUUGAAAUUUGCAACAGCGGCGUGACCGGCGACGAGGGGCCGCCGCCGGUUCCGCUGACGUGGGUGGACGGGGCUCACGACCUGGGCGUGCUGUGCGCGGACGCGACCGAGCACGGCUACCUGGCCGCUACCGGCGGACACGACUCUCUGAUCAGACUGUGGCGGGCGGUUCCGGGGCCGGAGGGUAGGAGACCGAGCGGAAUGGAGGCCGCCGGAGUGUUGGAGGGACACGCGGCCGCCGUGACGGCGUUGAGAUGGUCGUGCAGAGCGAGGGAAGACGAUGAGAUACUAGUUUCGUCGUCGUUGGAUCGUACGGCGAGAUUGUGGGCGCCGGUUUCGGGAGACUGCUUGCAUGUGGUACACGGCCACUCCAGAUACCUUACUUGUAUAUCGCUCUCGGAUGAUUUACGAUAUAUGAUCACAGGUUCAAAUGAUAAGUCAGUGCGCAUGUGGACUUUGGGGAAAUUAACUCUAGAUGAUGAACUAGAACCACCUUGUCCAACAUUAAUGCAUUUCGGGUUAGGGGAUUUAGAGGGGAUAGAGCCCGUUGACGGGGAUGAACCGUAUUUCGAAACAGACGAUGAUCGGAUACCAGAAGCGGACGGCGAUAGAGCCUGCCGAGUGUGGCACGACCCUGAGGCCCAUACGGGAGCCAUUAACUGUAUCGCUACGCACGAUGAUUUAUUAGCCACGGCUUCCAGUGACGGGUGGGUGAAGAUAUUCCGGUGGUGCGAGUCGGAGGCGGGCGGCGAGCUGGUGCUGCAGCACGCGCUGGAGGCGCACCGGUACCCGGCGCUGGCGGUGGACUUCGGCGCGGGCGGCGCGCUGCUGCUGUCCGCCGGCCUCGACGGGUACGCCGCGCUCUGGGACGUGCAGAUGGGGUGCGUGCUGCGGUCGCUGUGCGUGUCGGCGGCGGGCGGUGUGGGUGCGGGGGCGGGGGGCGGCGCGGGCGAGGGCGAGGCGGGCGGCGGCGGGGUGCGGGGCGCGCGCGUGUCCCCGCAGCGCCCGCCGCAGCUGCUGCUGGCCUCCGACGACGGGCUCGCGCUGCUGUGGAGCCUCGCCGACUCGGACCCCAGGCCGUCACAGUUAAUACACGUGUACGGCGGGCACGUGGGCGCGGUGACGUGCUGCGCGUGGUCGUGCGACGGGCGCGUGCUGGCGACGGGCUCCGACAGCGGCGAGCUGCGGCUGCACGCGCCGCCGCCCGCCGCCCGCACGCUGCACCACCGCCCGCACGCGCACGACCAAGGUGUCCAGAGCUGCGACUUCUCGUCGUCGGUGUCUGCGCUGGGCGUGCCGGACGACGGGGACUCGUACCUGCUGGCCACGGCCGGCGGCGACUCCCUCAUCAAGCUGUGGGUGGUGACGCUGGAACAGGUAACGGCGGGUGCGCGGGUGCGGGUGGCGCGCGAGUUCGCGGCGCACGGCGGCGGCGCGGCGAGCGUGCGGUGGGCGGCGGGCGGCGCGCUGCUGGCGUCCGCGGGCGCGGACGGGUGGGCGCGGGCGUGGGCGGUGCGCGGGGGCGCGGGCGGUGCGGGGGGCGCGGGGGGAGUGCGCGCCGCCGCCGCCGCGCCCGCCGCCGGGCCCGCGCUGGCCGCGGCGCCGCUGCGCGCGCUGCUGGCGGUGGGGUCGCUGGCCGGCGAGCUGGCGCUGUGGCGGCUCGCGCCCGCCCGCGACCGCGACCGCGACCGCGACCGCGACCGGGAGGAGGGCGCCGCGCCGCGCUGGUGGGCCGCGCCCGGCGUCGAGCGCUGGCUGCGGGAGUACGUCACCAGGCCCGCCGAAUCUCACGCUGAGCCUCGUGGCAUAGAAAUUCGACUCGUACAAAAGGUUCGAAAAGCAGCCGUGACGGGAGCCAACCUGCUCGAUGACACCAUCGAGGAAUUGCUUGAUAAAUUUGGUUACGGUGAAAAGAUAGAUGCAGAUGAUGAGCAGCCAGAGAAAGAGGAUGAAGAUGAGAAGGAGACGAUCCGACAGCGUCUCAUAGACGAGCUGAAGUGGCUGCGUCGUGGACCGACGCCGCCGGAACUGGCGGCGGCCGCGCCGCACGCGCUGCUGUGUCCGCUGACGCACGGCGUGCUCCGCGAGCCGGCGCGCGCCGCCGACGGUCUCUCCUACGAGCGCGCCCACCUCCUCGAGUGGCUGAUCGCAGAGGGCGCGACGUCGCCGGCGUCGGGGCGGCGGCUGGCGCACACCCGCGCCGCACCCAACUACGCGCUACGCGGACGACUGCAGGACUUCCUGAAGGAACACGCCGGGCAGCAGUAGCGGCGAGGGAGGGUCGUAAGGAGACGAGGGAGGUAAUGAUACCACGAGUAAUGUUUCAACGAUCUCAUCUUUAAUUGUAUCCCUUACAUUUAUUAUUUACAAGUGAGGCAGUAACAGUGUUAACGAACCAAACUUCGACUCGGCACCACUGUUCAGUAAUAAUUAGAUUAAAAUUAACGAUCGAUUGGCGGCCGACCGCGGCCGUCGACGCGCUCCUAAAUUUAUUACA